UUAUCACCACUUGAAUCUCUAAUAUAAGCAUACUGUACAAUCAGUGAAAGUUUGUAUUUGUAUUUAAACUCGACACACCUUAAACAUUAAUCUUUUCGUCUCUGGGACUUGAAACACAAAGCGGGGCUGAAUGUGUGAUGGACACAUACUGCAGUGAUGAUCAGUCUGAUGCUGCCAGACAACAAGAGAGACACUAUUACCUGCUGUCAGAGCUGCAGGCGCUCGUGAAGGACCUGCCCAGCUCGUUUCAGCAGCGUCUGUCGUACACCACGCUCAGUGAUCUGGCUCAAGCGCUCAUCGACGGGACGGUGUAUGAAAUAGUGCAAGGGCUGCUGGACAUUCAACACCUGACAGAGAAAAACCUCUAUAACCAGAGACAGAAACUACACAGCGAACACAGAGCACUCAAGCAGGAUUUGGUUCGGAAACACAAACAGGCUCUGCAAACGUGCAAGUCUCAUAAUUUGGCCGUUAUGAAAACCAAUCAGCGAGCCGAAAAUGAGGCUCUCGAUCAGCGAGUGAAAGAUGAGCAGAGGAUGAUGGAUGAGAAGAUCGUGGCUGAAAUGGAUCAGAAGGUUCUGGAUCAACAGAACACGCUGGAGAAAGCAGGCGUAUCGGGUUUCUACAUCACCACCAACCCACAGGAGGUGAUGAUGCAGAUGAAUCUGCUGGAGCUGGUACUGAAGCUGCAGCAGAAAGAGACUGUUUCCGGAUCUCUGCCUUGAGACACUCGACUGCGUGCUCUCUGAUGGUGUGGAAAG